GACCGACCCCAGUUGCCCCCGGUAGUCUAACUAGCCCAACGGUAGCCACCAUCUUAAAUGCCAUUUCCCCACUCGACAGGGAUUAUUUGCGAUGCGAGUUUAAGCAGCAACCCGACAGGUUCCAAUUCUCUGACUCCGACUGAUUGACUCGCUCUUUUCCCACCGUUGGUUUUUUGAGUUCUCCCAUCUCCCGUUUCUUUUCCACCAAGACUUCUGGGCGCCCAGACCGAAACUCGAUUUCUCAAGACACACGACUAUCACCCCGCCAGUUACACUAUCUAGAUCUUUAAUACUAUUUUCUUACUCUUAAGAAAAAAUAAAAUAAAAAUAAGGAAUUGAAGGAUUGUUGUUAGAAGAGGAAAGUGACCGAUUGAGUCGUCGAUUUUUUGUUGCGCGAAACCGAAACCACCGGACUUCUCGGUCGAAGACGACUAUUUACCGCAGCACCAUCAACCCCGUAUCCGCACUCGAUUGUCAGUAAGAUUCGACCGAAUCCAUCGAAUUGACCACGUAACAUCCGCCUCGUCGCGUUUCGAAGCCCUUCGUAGGCUAUUCCCAUUCCAUGGCGAGUGCCUCGCGAUAGCAUCACAAGUGCCUUUACGUCGCCUAAGCGGCUGGCUGCUUGGUCUGUCUAUCCGAGAUGGACUUUCCGCGUAUCUUGCCGCCUAGGGUGGCGACUACCGCGACAUCUUGCACGCCUUAUACCAUCACAUCGAAUGGCGUAUUAUCAAUUCCAGGAGCAGACCCGACGACCUUGACGGCCGACGCUGUCUAUUCGCCCCUCUGCACCGCUACCGCCUUGGCUCAACCUGCCAUUAUCGCGAAUGGAGGUUUUGAUUUGGACCAAACAACUUCGGCUUCUAACCCUCAGUUCUCCGACCUUCGCGAUCCAUUUUAUGCCUCGAUAUUCCCCCAAUGCUACGCUUUAGCUGCGACGACUGUUCUGGCUUAUUUGCUACUUAUCAUGCUUUUUAUCGCGCCACGAUCCUUUCUCGAUGGCGGUGUAGUUGUUUUAGGUCGACGUGGUUUUACGAAUGGACCUUCGAAUGGCAUCAGCAUCGGCGGUCGCCCGUGGCUACAAAAAGUCGCCGCGUUAACAGUCGCCAUUUCCCUAACUAUCGCUACAGCGGAUACUUUUCGCGUGGCUGAGGAACAAUACGCGUGGGGAAUUCAAAAUGCGCAGCAGCUUCAGGAGGACGUUUUAGGGGGGACCCAGUUAAAGGUCAUUCAACUGAUAUCUGACACCUUCCUUUGGUUGGCACAAGCCCAGACGCUCAUACGAUUAUUUCCCCGUCAGCGUGAGAAGGUUAUCAUAAAAUGGACGGCCUUCUCACUCAUUACGUUAGACGUCAUUUUCGGUGCCCUGAAUAGCUUCCACUAUACGAAGCAGGGCAACACGAGACCGCGCAGUUUUACAGAUGCUGUGCCCGCACUUAGCUACCUCUUCCAGCUAUCUCUAGGGUUGCUAUAUGCUGCAUGGGUACUUUAUUAUUCUCUUAUGAAGAAGCGAUAUGCCUUUUACCACCCCUUGAUGAAGAAUAUUUGUUUAAUGGCCACACUUUCUAUUAUAUCGAUCCUUGUUCCCGUCGUCUUUUUCGUUCUCGACAUCGCAGAGCCCGAAUUCACCGGAUGGGGUGAUUAUGUCAGAUGGGUAGGCGCAGCAGCAGCUAGUGUUGUAGUUUGGGAAUGGGUGGAACGAAUCGAAGCGCUGGAGCGUGAGGAGAAGAAGGAUGGAGUGCUUGGGAGGGAAGUUUUCGAUGGCGACGAAAUGAUGGAGGUAUUUCCUUCGGAUCUGUCGUGGCCUCGACGACGGAAGAAUAAGAAAAAGAGUGAUGAAGAGGAGUUUGACGAGGGUGAUAGUGGUAACAGCUCGUCAUUUGGCGGUCGAAGCAAUAUGUGGCCAGCUAUGUCGUCUAUUGCUAGUCGUGUUAGAUCGAGAUCGGAAAGCAGUCCCGACAGGAGACAGCAAGGCCUAUCUACGGCCAGGUCAGCAACCCGAUUUUUACAGCCCCCGCUGUGGCCUUCCCGGCCACCCCCAGCAGUUACUCCGGUAAGUAGGACGGAUACUGCAAGUGCUGAUAGCACCGUCUACGCGGUUCGAUAUCAACCUCUCACGGAGACAACUACCAGAACUACAGACGAUCGACAUGGACGUCCUUUAUCUAGGAGUAAUAGUGCUACUUCCUCAGCAUCGGGUCCGGCGUCAGAUAGUAAUGGACAAACCGGAAGCACCCCUCCACCACAACACCCCCCACCAGCGCCUGAACCAGAAAAGAAGGAGACAAACACGGGUCUCUGGCACCAAUUGAACCCAUUUAGUCGUGCUGCAAGGGAACCUCCUGCAGAAGUUCUCCCCCACACGAUACCUAAAUCACCCACGCAACGGCGAGACUACGAUAGUGUUGGAAGAUGGGACUUGCGGGGACGGAUGGAAAUUUUUACUGCAACGCAAGCAGAGAGAAUCCUAGAGAGGAUACGACCAACCCCCGACACUGACAGCCUACCGGUUACCGUUAUACCUGCUCCUCCACGCCGAGGUGCUGCUUUAGCACAGCUACUCGAAGAAGAGGAACUACAAAUCGAGUCUCAUGAGCACUCGGCCCCAUCGACUUCUUUGCAUUCGAGUCGCCCGAUGAGAACCCCAAGUAUUGCAACCGGGUCAAUGCCACCACCACACCAUGGAAUCAGAGACAAUAGUAUGACGUCGUCUACAUCGAGGCAGACUCCAAGUCCAGCAGAGAGAAGUGACCUAUCCUCUCGCAGGCCGCCUAUCACACGUGAUGGCAACUCGUUGACAACCUCGACCCAUAGGAGUGGAGACCAGCGAGAAAGAAUGGCUAGUGAAAGGCGACCGGUAGAUGAUACUGUCCGAAAUGAGCGUAGUCCUACCUCACCACCGGCGUAGAAAUAUCUGGCAUUUACCUAUUUUAAUCUUUCUAUGGUCUAAUGAAGCGUGGCGCUUUGGGUUGCAUUCUGGGGGUACUAGCGGGUUUCUUUUACGAUGACAUUCACGGCGCAUGGUUUUCAAAAAAGAGGAAUAACGGAUAUCCCUGCCCUUCCAACAUUGGGUGAUUUAGAUAGCGGAUUUACGAUGUAUGCGCAUCGAAAUCAGCUAUCGUGCGGUAUGCCCUGCGGGAGGCAAUGGUCAUUGUAUAUAUACAUACACACAUUAAGCAUUAUCACGGGGACACAGUGAUAGGAGCAUUGACGGCGCAUUGAAAUUCGGCGGGAUGAAGGUCCUGAACAGGAAACCUUCACUCCCCAAAGCCAGCUCGGUAUGGGUUGCGGCUGCUUUCGAAAUAUUAGACUAGUCACGAGGCUAGGUCAUGUUAUGUGUAAGAGACGGGAUAUUACCAAAUACCUCAGCAGGUAUGUAGCACCUCCUACAUAUUCAAAUAGGAGGUUACUAUAGAAAUAAAUUCGAAGCUUUAUCUCUUCA